AUGGAUGACUACUUUUCAAGAAGGAACAAACUCUUUGAUCAAUUCAAAGAAAAACGAAGAAGAGAAUUGGGAAAUAAAAUCGGGAAGGAAAUUACCAUCACAAUAGAUAAAGAUGUAGUGAAGGGGAAAGCCUUUGAAACGAGCCCAUACAAAAUAGCAUCCGAUCUUUCCAAUGAUCAAUCUAUGGAUCAUCUUAUUGCCAAGAUUAAUGGUAAAUUAUGGGACAUGAAUAGAGAGUUGGAAGGAGAUGGUCGAUUGGAAUUUUGUUCUGAUUGGAAUGAUUUGGAGGUGAGGAGAGUUUUCAAGCGUAGUUCUGCAUUUGUGUUGGGAGCAGCUGUGGAACAAGUAUUCAAAUGUUUGGUCAGUGGUGGAGCUGUACUUGAGGAUGAUUAUGGCAAGGGAGGUUUCUUUUAUGAGAAUUUUAUGGAUGAAGUAGUUAGAAAUAGCUCUAUAAAUGAUCAUUCGAAAAUCAAGAAAGAAAUAGAGAAGAUCAUUGAAGAAAAACACCCAUUCGAAAGAUUAAUUGUGAGGAAAUAUGAAGCUCUUGAAUUAUUUGCAGGAAACAAAUUCAAAAUUGAGCUCUUGAAUGAAAAGUUUAAAGAUGACGAUUUCCUUUGCGUUUAUCGUUGUGGAUGCUUCAUAGAUACCUCUGUCGGCCCACAUUUGUUGCACACUGGACAAAUAGCAUCUUUUGAAAUUAUAUCAAAUACUCGAUUUCUAUCUGAUACAAAGAGGGAAAUUUUACGGUUUUAUGGAAUUUCGUUUCCAACUGUUCAAUUAAAGGAAGAAUGGAAAAUAAUGACCCAAAAACUCAAACUUUGUGACCACAAAAAGGUUGGAAAGGAUCAAGAGCUGUGGUUCUUUCAUCCACAUGCCCCUGGAAUGGUUUCACUCCUUCCUCACGGCAAGAGAAUAUGCAAUUCUGUUCAAUCUCAAUUACGAGAAGCUUAUUGGAGGUAUGGAUUUGCAGAGGUUCAAAGCCCCAUUGUUUUGAAUAAGGAUCUGUGGUAUUAUCAAUCAGGUAGUAGGAAUCAGUGGUGGCAACAAUACAAUUUCGCUCUGGAAAUUGAUAAGGAGUACUAUAUACUCAAACCAUACAACAAACCUAUUCACUGUAUUAUGUAUCGGAACAAAUCCAGAUCUUAUAGAGAUCUACCAAUUAGAUAUGUAGAAUUUGGCUCAGUAUUUCCGGAUAACAUCAAACCUUUUAGGCUGAAUGGCAGGUUGAGAAGUUUCCAAAAAGAUGAGUCAACCAUUUUUUGCCAGUCAGACCAAACCAAAAAGGAAGUAUUGAAUUGUCUUCAAAUGAUGGGAAGUGUAUAUAACAAAUUUGGAUUUGAAUUCAAGAUUGUAUUUUCCACAAAACCUGUUAGUUUUUAUGGUGACAAUCUGGAAUGGAUCAAGUUGGAAGGUAUAUUGGAAACUGCCCUAAAAUCAUUGGGUCAUGAAUGGGAAAGAGACGAAGGAGGGGCUCCUUCUCUCGGUCCAAGAAUUGAGUUUUAUGUUUCAGAUAAUUUGAAGAGGUUUAUUUACCUUUGUGGAAUAAUUCAAAUGGACUUAAUGACACCACGUUUUUUCAAUUUGACUUAUACCAGUUCAGACAAUUCUGCAGAAUCAAAACCCAUCUGCAUCAGCAGUACCAUCUUGAAUAACACUGAAACUUUCAUGGCUUUAUCUGCUGAACGUUAUGGUGGAAAGUGGCCUUUUUGGCUUUCUCCUAGACAAGCUAUCAUCAUUCCAAUUUGUGAAAAGUGUAGUGAAUAUGCUAACAAUGUUAAAGAUAGAAUUCAUCAGGCUGGAUACUAUGUGGACGUGGAUAUGAGCUUUCAUACGAUAGAAAAAAAGAUUAGGAAUGCUCAUUUAGCUCAGUAUAAUUAUAUUUUAAUAAUUGGCGUCAGUGAGAUGGAAACUGAUUGCGUGAAUGUAAGAAUAAGAGAUGGCGAACAAGAAGGAGUUAAAUCUAUUCAAGAAUUAUUGGAAGAAUUCGAAGUUAAAAUUAGGGAAUUUAAAUAA